AUGGCUUACACACCGAAAGGAGAAGGAGAAGGCGUUGUGAAGGACGUCGUAGACACCAUAAAUGGAUUAGGGAUUUUUCCUAACGAUCACAAGUUUCUCUGCCGCGUGGCCUGGGUAGAGUCCAAAUAUGGGAAGGAUCCUAAUACCUACAGGAGUGGUUACUAUGGCGGCAUAUGGCAGGUAAGCGGACUCUUUCAAAUAAAUUAUGAUAAAAAAAAACAGCAAAGACAAAAGCGACAUGAGUUUUCUCUCGUUAUCGCACGCUCAAAUUCCUUAUCAAACUGAAUUGACUAUUUAGUUUUUUCUUGUAAUCAUCGCCCCGUGUAAAGGUGAUGUUACAUGAGACAAUUCGCAAGGACGAUUUUGAGCGCAACACCAGCGUUGCAAUGAUGGAACAACGUUGCAACCAUUCGAUUCAAUGUCCCAACAAUAUAAUGUUGCAACGUUGUGUUGCGCUGUAACAUCACCUUAAGGGAAUCCAGUUUCUGGAAUCCCGAAAAUGUUCGCUUGUGAUCUAGAAUCCGGGAAAGUUUUGCUUGUGGAAUGCGAAAUUCCUGGGCUGUGGAAUCCGCAAUAAAACCCAACGAAUCCGGAAUCCGAGUAACGAUUGUAAUCCGGAAUCUAUAAGUUCCACUGACAAAGACUGAAAUCCAAUGCCUGGAAUCCGGAAUCCACGGCGUGGAAUCUAGGCCAAGACUAGUAUUGGAUUCUCUUACAUGGGGCGAUAAUUAACUAUAUUGGAGGCAAUACUUGAUAUUCUUUGUUUUAUGGAUACCCAAGGUUGAUGAGGUGGGUUACCGCGAGACCGUCAUUCAGACCAGCCUGAAAAAGUAUUGGGACCAAAUCAAGGCAAAGCUCGGCAUUGAUUGGACCCAAACAAGUUGGCAAGACUUGGAAAUGCCGCUGUACUCUGGUUUGGCUUCUCGGCUUUUUCUCGCCAGGCUUUCUCCUCCUAUCCCAGCUGACCUGCCAUCGCAGGCACAGUACUGGAAGACGUAUUACAACACUGUUGCUGGCAGUGGCACCGUGCAAAAGUUCAUUGAUGACGUCAAACAAGCGCAUGGCUGCGCUGUGUAG